CGGGAACCGCUGAAGACACGACGGCCGAUGCGGACUGGCAAGGGCCAAAGAGAUGGAUGAGAAUGUUGCUGAGUUUCUCCGAAGGAUCAUCCUAAAAAUCCCUCUGUGUGAGAUGAAGACCAUCCUAGAAGCCUGGGACUUUCUGUCUGAAGACCAACUACAGACCAUAAACUUGAAGCAGAGAAAGGAAUUUCUAGCUCAGGAACUGAUUCUGCUGUGUGAGAACAAGUGUGCGAGACUUGAUGACGUGGCCCUUUUAGACAUCGUGUCUACUCAGUUUCAUCGGCACCAGAAGCUUUGGAAUGUCUUUCAGAUGAGUAAAGAACCAGGAGAAGAUGUCGACCUUUUUGAUAUGGAACAGUUCCAAAGAUCCUUUAAGAGAAUUCUACAGAGGGCAUUAAAAAAUGUCACAGUCAGCUUCAGAGUCUACGAGAACUCGGUGUGGAUUCGGGUUGCCUGGGGAACACAGUAUUUACAACCAAACCAGUACAAGCCCACGUUUGUGGUGUAUUAUCCCCAGACUCCGUAUGCCUUCAUAUCUUCCUGCCAUCUGAAGAGCACUCUGCCCCUUCUCCAUCAGGCACUGAAAGUUGCCAGCAAGCACCAGCAGAUUGUGCAGUUGGAUCUGAGAAGCAGGCACCUGGACUCCCUCAAGGCUAUUGCUUUUAGAGAGUAUAAUCAGACCUUUGAAAAUUACAACUCCACAAUGUCUCUGCAUGAAGAAAGCCUUGGACUAGAGAUAAAUUCGAACUCAAAGAUCAUUCAUGAAAACACAGAAGAAAGAGUGAGAAUCCACAGAGUCACUCAGGAGACCUUUGGAGCCUAUCCUCAGCCACAGCUAGAGUUCGCGCAGUAUAAGCUGGAAACCAAGUUCAAGAGUGACAUAGCUGGGGGCAUCUUGGCCGACAGGAAAGAGCCGCUCCGGUGCCUUGUAAAGUUUUCCAGUCCACAUCUUUUGGAAGCAUUGAAAUCCUUAGCACCAGCCGGCAUAGCAGAUGCACCACUUUCUCCACUGCUUACCUGCAUACCACGCAAGAAAAUGAAUUAUUUUAAAAUCAGAGAUAAAUGAAAUAUCUAUGGCUUAGCUUUUAUUGCACAUGCAAUUCCAGUUAUAGCUGGCUAGCUUCUGUAUACAAUCUUGUGUUUUAAAAAACCAAUCGUUGGCACUGGAAUUCAAUGUUUUUAAUGAACUGUUAGGACUGAAUCUGCCCUCCCUAUGUAUGCACACUGUCUUCUGUUAAGUACAGCAGCUGUGUGCAUUUGACAAGUGACAAAUACGUGUACGCACAUGCAGGAGCACAUACAUAAACACACGCACACGAGGCUGCAGGUUGACCUCAACCCUGGCACGCACAGAAGUCACACAUAGGCACAGUGGUUGAAUCUGUAGGCACCUACCCUUACCGUCCUUUCUCCCACUGCUGUUACUUCUUAUCCUCGGAAGUCUGUUUCUGUGGAAUCUCUCUUAUACCCUCACUCACAGAUAGAAGAACCAAGAAACUACCCACCCCCAAACCAGCAGAAUCAGGGGAGCUGGGGGCUACUAUAUAAGGCUGCAUAUUGAAUGGCUUCUUUGUGUAAAAUAACUUUUCUAUUCUUCAUAAGCUUUUCAUGUUCUCUUUCUUGUCCAUGGAACACUGAAACUAAGCAUCACUGUUACACUGAUUUGUGAAUAAAGAUAUUGACAAACUGA